CAACACUUGGGGGCUGGCAUAAGGUGUGAGUUGUCAGCUGCCUGGUGGACAGACCCCAUCAGCCGACUAUUGAAGAGUUUCUGCAUUGCUGUCAUUCCUGCUGGGGGUAGCUGAUAGAACCACUGAAAAGUACGACAGUGGCUCUCUGUUCUUCCUGCAGACAAGCCUGCUGCAUUUACAAUGGCAGGAGGGAUCUUCUCCAGCAUGGGCAACCUGUUUGAGGUGGACUGUGCUAACGUCCACCCCCUGGUGUGUCACCUGUGCCACGAGCAGUACAAGUCUCCAUGUUUACUGGACUGCUACCAUAUCUUCUGCGCCCGCUGCUUACGAGGUCGGACCAAUGAUUGCCGCCUCAGCUGCCCCCUCUGCGGAUACCACUCAAUAAUAAAAGGAAAUAAUGCCCUCCCACCAGAGGAUCGUCUGCUGAAGUUCCUUGUAGACAAUAAUGCAGACGUCGAGGAGACAGUGCUCUGUGCCAACUGUGACCAAGAAAGUAACAAAAAGGACACAGGGCUGAUGUACUACUGCAACACUUGCAGCCAGCCGCUUUGUACCACCUGCCGAGAGCUGACACACAAGGCCAGAAUGUUUUCCCACCACGAGAUUGUGUCAUUAGCCAAACGCACCAAAGCCAAACACAGAAAAUGCUCUCUCCACGAGGAGCCCUACAUCCUUUUCUCGACGGAGAAUAAAUCUAUGCUUUGCAUCAAAUGUUUCAGAGACAUGCAAGUGGAGAGUCGAACUCACUCCAUUGACAUUGAAACAGCUUAUGCACAGGGGUGUGAGAUGUUGGACCAGGCAGUGCUGGUAGUGAAGGAUCUCCAGAGCUCGACUGGAGAAGCAAUCCAUCUGCUGAGAGCAAUGAUCGGGGAAGUGCGUCUGAAUGUAGAGGAAGAAGAAAGUGCAAUCUGUAGUCUGUUCAACAGUUUGCAGGAAAGGCUAGCAGAGAGGAAAAAGACUCUACUCAAAGCAGCUCAGGGUCAGCAUGAAGAGAAGGAGAAAGCAUUAAAGGAGCAACUCUCUCACCUUACUGCUCUACUUCCAACACUUCAGGUCCACCUGGUCACCUGCUCAGCAUUUCUCAGCUCAGCCAACAAAUAUGAGUUUCUGGAUAUGGGCUAUCAACUCAUGGAGAGGCUGAAGAGGAUUGCAAAGCUCCCUCAUCGACUGCGGCCGGUGCAAAGCAGCAAAAUCAACACUGAGUACAGGAGUGAGUUUGCUCGUUGUUUGGAGCCUCUGCUGCAGAUAGGAUCACGCCGCCCUCCUUCUGUUGCUGGUUCCACAAGUAUUGUAACAAGUUCUCAACAGGGAAACUGGAGGAAUAGGAGCCUAAUGGAUUGGAGGCUCCAGUCCCCUCUCUCAUUACCCUGCCACUCUCCGUCUCUCAGUGAGAUGCCUCUAGGCUCUGUGUUUGGGCGAAGGCUGACAUCUCACAGGAACAUAUGCACUAAGGUCCUCCUGGCUGAGGGCAGGGAAACCCCUUUCACUGAGCACUGCCUCAAAUACGAGAAUGCCUACAGGACUCUGCAGACAGAGAUUCAGAAUCUAAAGGACCAGGUCCAGGAGCUGCACAGAGAUCUGACCAAACACCAUUCCAUCAUCAACACAGAUAAAAUGGGAGAGAUCUUGGACAGAUCCCUGCAUAUAGACAAUCAGAUUGGUGCUCAGUACUCCACUGUGGAAACCAUGAGAGUUAUGUUUGAAGAGAUCUGGGAUGAAACUUUGCAGAUGGUCAAUAAUGAGCAGGAGAUCUAUGAAGCUCAGCUUCAUGACCUGAUGGAGCUGAAACAGGAGAACUCUUACUUAACCACUAUCGCCAGGCAGAUCAGCCCCUACAUCCUCUCAAUCGCAAAAGUUAAAGAGAGGCUUGAGCCCAGGUUUCAGGAGCCCAAGGAGCGUCUUGAUGAUCGUACUGAAACAAUGCUGAAAAUCUAUGAAGACAGCACAGUGCCAAAGGACAGCCAAGACAGCGAAAACCAGAGUUAUGUCACAGAUCAAGACAGAAACAGGAACAGUCGCAUCCUGAUGUUGGAGCCAGUAGAGGUUUCUGUCAUGGGCAGUCGAGCUGGCAGGCAGCGGGGCCCUGUGGAGACGUCCAGUAAAAAUGACAUUUCCUCAUAAAUAUCAUGUCAUUUCAUUUCUGAACCUGGUUCCUUCUCCAGUGGAACAGCAUGCCUUAAUUCAGCCAUAACAAGCCCAGGGUGGUAUAUGAUGUCCUUGUCUGCCCAUAUACAGUACAGUACAUGACAUUUUCUAUGCAGUGAGCUGUCAACAGCUCCAGGGUGAGCCCUUGGAUUGACACUAACUGGGUGUACUUGAAGGCCAAACGCUCACAGCUGUCGGAGCAUAAUGGUGACAAUCUCCUUUGUUCAGAGGGAGAGCAAAUAUAAUAGCACUAUAGAAAAUCACUUUAUUUAAGAGUGACAAAAAAGCUUAAUGAGAGAAAUGCAGAGAGAUAUAGAAAGAGAGAGGGACUAAAUUCUGACUUCUCAGGAUUCUUGCUCAGUUUGUGUUUUAGCAUCUAAAUAUAACAAUGCACUAAGUGUGGAGUUGCUUGGAUUAGCUUUGUACACAAUGUAUUCAUUGCAUACGUGACUUUUAUCAUGUAUUGUGGUAAAUGAUGAAUGACAGGUCAGUUAUAUUUUCCCAGAAAACUGUUGGAAAACAUGAGACCGCACAUAUGGAUCAUAGCAAAUGAAAUGAUGUAUGUGUCUAUUGUGAGGUAAGCGUAGGCCACAUGUUGACACCUGUCAUGUGCAUCAUGUCAUGCAUCUUUUAAAAUAAAGCAAGUUGUUGUCA